UGGGACGCGCCAAGCCGCCUGUUCUUCUUCUCCUUCUUCCGAGCUGUUGGCCUCGUAGAAUAGAAUAAGAUAAAAGAAUGAAAAUUUUUAACUGAUUUCUGCCGGAAUCAGAAUUCGAGAAUCGCUUGAGCUUGCGAUUAUCAGUGACCGAAGUGGGCUGUUGCAGCUGCUGCAGCAGCUGCUUCGAACGCCGAUGGAUGGCGAGAUUGGAUCGAGCAGCGGAACUCUCGCCACCUUUCAGUGGGGUGGGACGAUCUCUGCCAUAUUCUUGUUGAUCAUGAAUCGAACCGGGAGGAAAUCAUCCAUGCAAACUACUGCUCUUGUAUUGUAUCUGUUCACAAGUUUUCCUACUGCACUCUUCAAAAUUCUUAGGGGACAGUUUGGUUGUUGGGUUGCUUUUCUCGCCGUCGCAGCAAACCUCUUCUUUCCUCGAACCUUCACAGUUUCUCGUUUUAUCUUAUUCGUCGUAACUCCUGACUGGAUUGCCAAUGAACUACGUGACAGCAUGGCGGGCGGCAUAUUUUGUCUAAUUCUAGGAAUUAUACUGGUCGUAAAUGAGAUUAGGGGCAUCGGCGGACUCGCUAAUUGGGAUUGCAAUUGGCAUUGCUUCGGUUAUUGUCUCGGGGUGGGCUUUCUCUGUUUCUUUACAAUAUAUUACUUGUGUAAAGGUACUUGGUAGGCUCUGUGCUUCGAAUGACAUGGGUCUCGCACUUUUCGAUCCAAAUCAUGCUUGCUCGAGCCUUUUGAUUUUGCGGUGAAGUUGUUGCUGAG